GGUAUGGCUGUUUCCCAAAAAAAUUUCACUCACCGACCGAAAAUGAAAAAAUAACCGUUCUUUUCCAUCGUAUCAGACACCCUUAAUCAAGAACCAAUAAUAUCUUCAUUUCUGUUCCCUUUCUUUCUUCUACCUACCAAAAAUCCUCUACUUUUUAGUAGGGACAAUCUUCCAUAGCUGCUGAAAUCCAGCCAUAGGAAGGAGAAAAAAGGGAGGGAUGUGUACAUUAGAGAAGAGAGGCAACAUCUUCCUCUUAACCUUAACUGGUGCUGAUGAGCACCGUUUACACCCCAACCUUAUUGACUCCCUCGCCGCCGCUCUCCGCCGUCUCCGAUCUGAACCAGCUUCUUCCUCUGCCGCUCUGAUCACCACAGCGCAAGGUAAAUUCUUCUCCAAUGGUUACGAUCUUAAGUGGGCCUUAGUUGACAAAGCUCGCCCACUACUCAUGUCUAAGAAACUUCGCGCACUUGUCUAUGACUUAAUCACCUUGCCUAUGCCCACAAUUGCUGCUGUCACUGGACACGCAUCUGCUGCCGGUUUAAUCUUCGCCCUUUCUCAUGAUUACGUUCUUAUGCGUAAGGAUCGAGGGUUUCUUUAUAUGAGUGAGCUUGAUAUUGGAUAUAAGAUUCCGAUUUGGUUUUCGGCUUUGUUUAAGUGUAAAGUUGGGUCGCCGGCGGUUUGGCGUGAGGUGGUGUUGAAAUCGGCUAAGAUGACGGCUGAGAUGGGAGUUGAAAUGGGGAUUGUUGAUUCGGCUCACACUGGAGCAGAGGAGACUGUGGAGGCAGCUGUGAGGUUAGGGGAAGAAUUGGUGAGCAGAAAUUGGGAUGGGAAAGUGUAUGCUGAUUGUAGGAAAACUUUGUAUGUCGAGCUACUAAAUUCUCUUGGUUCUGAUGAGACUGUGGGAGAUUACGGUGAGGAGGAGAAGCCAAACAAGACUCUGUCAAGGCUGUGACUGGGGCAUUGGUGCAUUCUUGCAUAUAUAGAUAUGGACUGAUAAGUUUUCUUGCCAGUAUUUUAGUUGAGAUAAUUUAGCUUUGGCCUAUUUAUCUGAAGCUGUAAUAUAUCCAAAAUAAGAGUACAUGUAUUUGAUUAUAUGAGUUGAACCUAAAGAAAGAAGUGGGGAUUUAUAUUGCCGACCCCAACUUGUUUGGGACUGAGGCGUAAUGAUGAUAGUAGUUGUUUUGUUGUCCACCAAUAAUGAUUGGUCGCUUGAAGUUGUAACAUGAAUAUAACAAACAAUCGUGGAUAAUUAUUAUGCAGGAUUAUGGAUACCACAAAUUUGUAAGGUAAGGUUAAUGCUGAGUGUGGCUUCUUGAAUCUGAUGAGAAAAUGUUCAUUGUUUGGACUUGCAAUGUUGAGCAUAAAGAAGUAUGAGGUUUUAUUGCAUUAUUGUUUAUUCAUAGACCGGUGUUACAGGGAGCAAUUGGUGAAGAAUGCUUGAGUACUGAUUGACUUUACAAAUAUAAGUUACAAUUAUAAAUUUCACUCAGGAGCGAGGAUUAUGGAUUGGAUUUCUGAAAUUAUAUCCUGCAUGUUCCCCUCAUGUCUAUAUUUUCUGAAUCCAUUCCAUUUUAAGAUUUCCACUCAGAAUUAUCAAGAUCUGUUACUAGUAAUAAGUUCACUGUGGCAGACCAGGCAAAUUCAACAUCAGCAUCAAAAGGAUGAGUUCUGAGUGCUGCCUCCACAAUCAUCAGUUUGUUGUAAAAUGUGUUAGCUUCUCCUGGUGGCUGCAUCCGUUGAAGAUUUACCGGCUUGUUCAUGAAAACUUAUGUGUUCUGUAAGCUGGUAUGGACCCUAAAUUCAACAUCAGAUUCAGACAUUCAUUUUAACAAGGGAAGUGGAAGUAUGCUGCAGGGUGAAGUUGCGUUUUCUCUUUUAUACCAGCUGUUGGCCAAGGAAAAUUGCGCCUUAUGUUGCUCCUUGACACUUGGUUAAGGCUCCCAUUAUCUUGGCUCGUUCUUGCUUAACUUGGUGUUUAUGUCUAGAUCAUGAGACAGCUUUGCCAUUGCUCAUCCUGUAGUUGAUUGUGGUGUUUUUUCCUCCAACGAAUAAAUGCGGGAAAAGAUUGAAAAUGUUGUAACAUAGACAUCAUAUGACUUCUGGACCAUACUAUUGUAUGUUUGAUUAUACUGAAUUACAAAUAAGUAUUAUUGUGUUAGCAGAAAUUGUCCACAAACAUUGUGAAGUUUUCUCCCCCCCGCUCACUCUUGUAGCGGGACUGGAGAGUUUCAGAGGUGUGGAUUUAGUUGUGUAUAUAUUAUACUCCAUAUGCUUUUGCUCUUUGAAUAAAUGUCCCCAUACCGAAUU